AUGUGCAGCAUUGGUCAGAAGGUGAUGCGUCCGGGGGUCGCUACCCGGGCAAAACCGGAUACUGCUCCCGGAAGAACGCUUUCUCCGCUGCGCCUCGGUGUUUUGGUGACGGGACCAGCUCGCUUUUUGGCAGGAGUGCCAGGUCAACGACUCAACCAACGGGGCGGCGCGGCGGGCCAGCGGGGACCUUUGUCGGUGUCCCUGCCACUAGCAUUUUUUUUGGUCUUUUAUCUCUCACUUGGUCCUCUUAGGCUGUCGCCAACAUCCCGUUUGCCGAGCUUCGACUGGGAUUCCUAA